AUGGGGGACGGUGUGUCCCCCCCCCCCCACGUGGUGUGUGCUCAGGGCCGUCUGACCGCCACGCUCCUGACCUCCAUCCUGGCGGCGGUGCUGGGCUCCCUGCAGAUCGGAUACCACACGGGCAACAUCAACGCUCCAGCCAAGAUCAUUGAAGAGUUCUUCAAUCACACCUGGAGAGCCAGACACAACCAGACGAUUUCCGAUCACAGCCUGACUCUGCUCUGGUCCCUCUCAGUCAGCAUUAAGGACUUCGGAGCCUUGCUUGGUUCCCUGGGAGUCAAAUUUCUGGCAGAUUCCUAUGGAAGGCGUAACUCCAUCCUAAUAGUGAACGCUCUGUCCGUGGUGGGAACGUGUCUGAUGUGCGCAUCCAAAGCCAGCGAGUCUUUCGAAGUUCUCAUCCUGGGACGCUUGGUGUUCGGCCUGUUCUGCGGCCUCGUGAUGAGUCUCAAUCCCCUGUACAUCCAGGAAGUGUCCCCCACCAACCUCAGGGGGGCCUUCGCUACUCUCAACCAGGUGUCCUUUGCCUUGGGAAUCCUGGUGGGAAUGGUGGCUGGUCUGGAGACAGUGCUGGGUACGAAGCACCACUGGGCCAUGAUGCUGUCCCUGUCUCUCGUACCUGCGCUGGCUCAGUACCUGGUGCUGCCUUUCUGCCCCGAGAGCCCUCGAUACCUGCUCUUCAACCGCGGAGAGGAGAGCAAGGCCGAGGCCGCUCUGCUGAGGCUGAGAGGCAGCACAGAGAAGGUGUCUGCUGAGCUGGAGGAGAUGAAGGAAGAGGCCGCUCGCACUCAAACAGGUGUCACCAUCCACGAGUUCUUCAAGAAGCGCAGAUACAAGCAGCCGAUCAUCAUCGUCCUCUUCGUCAACUUGGGCAGCCAACUGUCCGGAUUCAAUGCCAUCAUCAAUUACUCCACCAGAAUGUUCCAGGCCAACUUUGACCAGGCUAAAUACCUGACUCUGGGCGUAGGGGCAGUCAAUGUGACCUUCACCUUGGUGGCAUUCUUCCUGAUGGAAAGGGCAGGGAGGAGGAGGCUGCUGCUGACUGGCUUCCUCUCCAUUGCUGUGUGCAACUUACUCAUGACCAUAGUUGAUUCUCUCCUGUACCUGGCCCCACAGCUGCGGAGCCUGCUGGUCCUGCUGGUCUUCUGCCUGAUUUCAGCCUACGAGCUGGGUCCUGGUCCCAUCUCCUGGUUCAUCGCUGCCGAGCUGUUCGACCAGCCAGCCCGACCCAUCGCCAUGGCCUUCACCAGCAUGCUCAACUGGGGCGGGAAGUUUGUUCUGGCACUUCUCUUUCCUCCAUUACUGAAAAUCUGUGGGGAGUUCGUCUACCUCCUCUUCAUGACCAUGGCUCUGGCCGCCUUCGUCUUCACGUGGUUUCGCCUCCCCGAGACAAAAGGUCGCACAUUUGACGACAUUGCAGAAGAGUUCAGAGGAGCAGAGGAAAUUCCUUUGCACAAUAAGAUUGGAUUCAACACUUUCAACUGA